UUAAAACAAAUCGUGGGUCGGGGUUAGGUUAUUUUAUAACCUCUUCAUAGUUAAAAUUGUAAAUUAAAAAAGAGUUUUUUGUGAGUCUGAUACAUUUUACUACUAGUGUACAGAUCCUACUGAUAUUUUUUACUACUAUUCAGGAUAUUUCUGAUAAACAUUAGGCGAUGAGGCAAACUAUUUGUUUUCGGAUUGUCAGUUCACUUUUGUCUACCAAGAUGAGAAGUCAUACAUACUAUGAGUCGAUGGGAGCGGCCAGAAUUAUGGCCCAAAUUAUUGAUGGGAAGGCACUGGCUAAAGAAAUUAAAGAUGAAUUGAAGAUUAAAAUCCAAAGUUACAUAAAUCUAGGCAACCGUGCACCAUCCUUACGCUGUAUAAUAGUCGGUGAAGAUCCAGCAAGUCAUACAUAUGUCAGAAAUAAAAUACAAGCUGCGAUAGAUGUUGGAAUUGAUGCUACAACAAUAAAAUAUGAUGCAACAUUAAGUGAAGAUGAUUUGAUAGAAGCAAUUAAUUCUUUAAAUAUAGAUAGAAAUGUUGAUGGAAUUCUUGUACAAUUACCGUUACCUGGAACAAUGGAUGAAAGAAAAGUUUGCAAUACCGUUGCACCGGAAAAAGAUGUUGAUGGUUUUCAUAUUAUCAAUGUUGGCCAACUUUGUCUUGAUAUGCCAACUUUUGUGCCAGCUACAGCCCUUGCUGUUGUGGAGAUUUUGAAAAGGUAUAAAAUAGAUACGUUCGGUCGGAAUGCAGUUGUGGUGGGUCGUUCGAAGAAUGUAGGCAUGCCGAUCGCUAUGAUGCUUCAUAGUGAUGGGAAACAUGACAGCCAAUUGGGUAUGGACGCAACUGUGACAGUAUGCCAUCGACAUACUCCAGCGGAACAGCUGGAGUUCUUCUGUCGUAAUGCUGAUAUUAUUAUUACUGCUACUGGUGUUCCUAAAUUGAUUAAAGCAACAAUGAUAAAACCCGGGGCUACAGUUAUAGAUGUAGGAAUCACAAGAAUCACAGAUGAACAAGGGAAGACGAAACUUGUCGGCGACGUUGAUUAUGAAGAGGUUAGCAAAAUAGCUGGAGCAAUAACCCCGGUUCCUGGUGGAGUGGGUCCAAUGACAGUCGCGAUGUUAAUGCAUAACACACUACAAGCCGCUCAGAGGCUUGCAAGAAAGAAUUGAACAUGUUUACCUACGUGACCUAUCUACGUUAUCUAAUCGGUUGCGAUUAGUUAUUUUUUCUCGAAUAUGUGGAAAUCUUAUUACCGAUUAUAAUUAUUUCAUAACUGUAUGGUUAACUUUUGUUUGCACAAGACUAUUGUUUAUAUUAAGACGUAAAAGGUUAAGAAAAUAAAAAUAGGUAAAGAAAAUGUCUAAAAUUGUGCCUUUAUAGAUUAAAAAUCUCGUAGCAUUUAAAGAAAAGUAUUAUAUUUAAGUGACUUAUUAUAAGUUUCUUCUUUAUUUAUAUUAGUUAGGGUUUUAUCGUUUUACUAAAAUACAUUCCUCAUUUGAUUUUUUUUUUGGAAUGGCUGUGAAAAUAAUAUUAAAUUCAUAAAAUCACCUAACUCUUGUAAUUUUGUUGAGCUCAAUGUACGUAGUUUACAUUUAUAUAUUGAUUUUAUUUAAAUUAAAUUGCAUUUAUAAUUUAAACAAAAGAAAAUAGUAAACGAUUUUUAUUCCUUAUGUACUGGAUGAAGACCGAUUUAACAUUUAUAUAUAAAAAAUCUUUUAUGUAAAUUUACGUACAAAUAAUUGUAUU